CGCCAUCACCGCCUCCGGGCAGUUGCACUGCGGCAUCGGACUGUGCAAGCGGAAUGUGCUUCUGGGAUGACAACCGGAACGGCUGGUAUUGCUGGUCGAAGCACCCACGCGGCACUUGCUGCCGCUGGGUCUUGGACCCUAACCACGUGUGGUCGUGCCAGUACUGCGCCAACGGCAACCAGUGGUCCCUUGUUGGCGGCGAAGGCGAAGGCGCCAACGUCGUCAAAUACGACAUGCGGUACUGCGGGUCGUCGCGCGUGUGCAACUAAAAGUGGUUGCUUGGCGCGCGGCUACAAUUUGGUAACCCAAUUCCCAGCCGUUCGAAGCUCUACCACGAACUUCGAGCCGUUCUUAAACUUUGGAUAUUGGCAAUGCCACAAGAGACAAGGGUUGGGCGUGCUCCUCACUCCCUUCGUUGCGUUCCUUUGGCACGGGCGCUUCAUGUAACAUGCUGAGGCUUGCUCCGCCUCCGAGGAGCCUUACAGACCGUAAUUAAUCACAGGCCUUCUCCGCCUGCCGAGACGUCGGAUAGGCAUCACCACAGUCCAAUGCACGAGGGCGUCUCUGUUCCUCUUCUCUUUUUCGGCCCCUUAAAUCGGUCAUUUUCCUCGGCCUUUUCCUCGGCGAUUCCUUGUCGGUGGCCUUCUCCUCGGCCCCGAUUCCUUGUUCACGGUGCUCUGAUUCUUGUGCUGAUACUUGCGUCCGAGACUGCUUGUGUUAGUCCUCUGGGUCUUCUUUUGUCCUCGGCGUCCUGUCUCGAUGCGAGUUGUUCCCCUUUGGUUUGGACCUCUUGUAUCCCCUUUUAGUACAGCAGUGGCGGUCCGCUCCGUUCGGUGGGUUCGGGAAGGGGGUCGGCGAGAUCCGAGAUCCCCUGCGGCGAACGUGUGCUGCAGAACAAGCUAGCGUGGGCCCAGUACCUCGACGUACGU